AUGCAUGAAGCUCAAGUGGAGACCAACAAUCCAGGGAUUGCCGCGACGACGGAGCGCUUCGCCGGCAUGAUGAGUGAGAUGGAAGAGAAGACUCCGGCUGCGGACACGGCCUAA